AUGGAGGAGUGGUUGCCUGGGGAUAUGCUGAUUAGCUUGAAACUGUUGAUCAUUCAGCGUGCAAAAAUGAUAGGUUGUAAGGAGCUAGCUAAUAAAUUCAACCUUAAAAUGAUUCGAGCCAUUGCAUUUAUUUUGAUGGAACAUCUCAAGGCAGAGAUAAAAGAUUCAUCACUUAUCUCCAAUACGGUGAAAUCUACUUUCUUAGAUGCUUGCAACCUAUUGAAAUGUAGCAAUGCAGAUAUUGACGAGCUCAGUACUAGUCUUGGUGCUGAUAUACAAACUUUUCUUAGAAGUACUCAAACACCUAUACCAAAGAAGCAGAAAGUUAGAAGCAGAGAAUGA